AUCUGUAUUUUUUUCGUAUAAUCUUCAAUAUUGUGUUUAUAAUUUCAGGAUGCCGGACCAAGAGUUUGACCAUGAGAGGGAUCUCCUCGCGUUUAAAGACUGGCUUGUGAAGCAGCCCCAUCUACCUCACGAAGUCGACGAGAUCCUGCUCCGCCGUUUCCUACACAGCUGCCGCUACAGCAUCGAGCGGGCGAAGCGCACCCUCGACCUGUUCUUCACCAUCCGCUCCAAUGCCCCUGAGCUGUUCUGUAAAAGAGACCCUUGGGCACCAGAGAUAAGACGCGUCUUUGAAAUUACAGACCUGUUGCCUCUUCCCAAUAAAACAAAAGAAAACUACCGGAUUUUCAUCUACCGCCUCAACAACCCCGACCUGGACCUGUUCACGUUCGUGGACGCCGUGAAGACAUUCUUCAUGCUGGCUGACACCAGGCUGACGGAAGAGGAUGAUAUUCCGGCUGGAGAAAUACCAAUAUUCGACGCCGCCAACGUCUCCUUGAAGUUCAUCGGCAAAGUGAACUUGUCUGUGCUACGGAAAUAUAUGAUGUACACACAAGAAGCAAUGCCCAUCAGACUGAAGCAGGUCCACGUGAUCAACGCUCCGUCCUACAUCAAUAAGAUUCACGCACUCUGCAAACCCUUCCUCAAGGCGGAGGUCGCUAAAUUGAUAAAGUUCCACGAACCAAAGACAGAGACACUCUACAAGGACAUCCCACGGGAGCUGCUGCCAGAGGAGUUCGGCGGCAACGCGGGCACCAUCGAGCAGAUCAAGAGACACUGGAUCAAAAAGAUUGAGGCCAAGAGAGAUUGGUUCCUGACCAACGACCAGCGGUGGGCGGUGGACGAAUCCUCGAGACCCUCCAGCUGCAAGGAGACCGCAGACAAAGUCAAAGACCUACCCGGCUCCUUCAGGACGUUAGCUUUAGAUUGAUAUACCAUCCAAAUACUGGAUGAUGGUAA